AUGUAUCGAACAUGCAACAAAAUCUGGCAUUAUUUCAAGAUAUUCAGCCAACAAACCACCAUUCAUGGAUUCAAUAUCAUCGGUAUGCCGAAUUUACACUGGACAGAGAGGUUUUUCUGGACUGUUAUAAUAGCCUUAUCGGCUGCCGGAGCCAUUUCUCUUACCACAUCCAAUUGGAAUCGAUACUCCGCUAAUCCGACGGUUAUUUCCAUACAAAAAGACUACAGAAACUGGGAGAAUCACCUUCCUGCUGUUACUGGAUGUUUCAACGAUAAAGUCGACGAGAAGAAAGCCGAAAAGUACAUUUACGAGAAGUGGAAAAGCGACGUUGCAGAUUCUAAAUACCCGUUUUACGUGGAAUUCGUGCGAGCUAUAGCGUAUUCGUCUUACAACAAUUUCGAAGAUCUGGAAAAGUUUAAAAACGAUUCCAGUUUGUUCGAUGUGGACAUGGUUGGAUUAGUAUCGGAGGUGUACCCGAAGGUUACCGGUACUCUUGUAACGGUGGAUAAAUCACGGGAAUUCAAAUGGGAGAUAAUCCUGAUCGAAUUGGGCGUAUGUUUCACGUUUUUCUCGAAAUUCUCCGAGUUGUUAUCGAUUAGAGUACCUGAUGAUGACCGAAACGACACCGAAACGUCCAAUUCACCGCUAAAAUGCCACUAUUUAAACGGACUUUGCUAUGCCAGAUUCGAUUCCAAUCCGAAACUACCAUUAAAGUACUACGUCCAUUCCCAUCUGGAAAUACCGGACCUGUCUAGUAAACACUACCACUCGUUGGGCAAGGGCUCCGACAUGGAAAUCAAUUACAGGGUGAUAGAAACCCAAGCUUCGGGCGACAUUAAAUACCUGCGACCGGCUCAAAGGAAUUGCAGAUUCGACGAUGAGCCUUUGAGCUCGGAGGCGAAGGCUUAUACAAUCAAAGGAAAAACGUGCAACGUUACCGGGUUACUGUGCUUGGCUAAAUAUAAGAAACAGUUAUUGGAAAAUCCGAAAUCUUUGGGUUGCAAAUGUCCUCAAACUUGUAAUUUUAUCAAUUACUUGCCGGAAAUUCCGAAAUUGGUGGUUUGGGAAACUGGAGCUUAUUUCGAUCAAAUGACAACGUUCAGAUGGGGUUUGUUACAUCCCACUACAAAGUACAGAAGAGAUAUAAUAUUCGGUUUUGGCGAUUUAAUUGUAUCCAUUGGAGGAACUUUAAAUUUGUUUCUAGGCAUCAGUUUCAUGAGUAUCAUUGAAGUGUUCUUUCUUAUCUGCGAGAAUAUUAUCGACAGCGUACUUGAAAAUACGAGAGUUGGCAAACUUAAAAGAAAAAUGAAAAAAACCGCACCGCUAAAAUCGCAUUUUUUUUAUUAGUUUAAGCUUAUCAUCAAUCUAAUUAUUUUGUAAUAUAUU